AUGUUGUCCCCCCAAAUGAACCGUUUGCCACCUCUCCCAACCGAUUUACCCCUUUGGGAUUUUCACGAACCGGACUAUUCUAUUCCCGUACCGGACCCAAGACCCAAACCGGCACGCCCUCGUCUCUCCGUAGACGAGCGGAGACUUAGACGCAAGAUCUCAAACCGCGAGUCGGCCCGACGGUUGCGGGUCCGGAAACAGAAGCACCUGUCGGACCUCCGGUCUCAGCUGGACCGGCUCAUGCUCGAGAAGCGGGAGUCGAUGGACCUGUUACAGCUGGCGUUGUGUAAACACGCGCUUGUCCACCGCGAAAACGAGCGGCUCGCGUCGGAAGCCGCAGUUCUCCGGCAGAGGCUAUGGGAAAUGGCCGGAAUCUUGAAACUCCGACAGCAAUUGAACCCGUUACCGCCUGCUGCAUGGACAUGCAGUGCUGAUGAUAAUAAUAAUAGUUUCGCGUGCUUUAGUGAGGAACUAUUGGCGCUCAACUCCUUAUUAAUUGCGUUACAGAAUCAAACAAAUUAA